CUAUACCUCUAUAUCUAUAUCUAUAAUUAACUAUAUAAUGUCUACUUGCUCCGCAUUUGACUGCCCCGAUGAAUGCAUCAUCUGCCUCGACGACCUGGGCCCCGAUUCAUCUUUCCGACAGUUACCCUGCGGCCAUCAGUUCCACAUGCCCUGCAUAGACACCUGGAUGGGGAUUUUGACAAAGUGUCCGCUGUGCGCUCAAGUUUUCCCAGCCAGUCAACCCGAUCCAGCGAUUCAACAUACUCAAUUUGUUCAUAUUCAACCGGUUCAUCAGAUCCCACCUAUUCGACCGCUUCGAUCUAUCCGGCCAAUGCACCCUAUUCAGCCUGUCCAGCCUGGUCAGUCUACAAUGCCGAGGAGAAGUAGUGAGGAAAGGAAGCUUCUUGCGUUGAAGAAGUGGUGUACGCAGCUAUUGCGAUGACCGCUGGAUGACCGCUGCGAUUAUGAUUGUAAAAUGUCGAUUUCUAUCUGUCCAUACAAUAUACCCUAUAGCAAUAAUCCUUCAUGGAUUGUACAACACCAU